AUGCUUCUGAGGAGCUCAUCUGCUCCGAUACUUGACUCUUGGCUUCCUCAUCACCAGUGCUUUACCUCUCGAGAGCCGUCAUCUCCGGAAGCAGAGUCUCAGCUUCACAAAAUGACCAAAUCGUCAGUGUCUAUGUACACAUCGAACUCCAUGGAUAACAACACUCGAAAGCUCAUUCACCAUGAACUCAACGUCCACAAAGACAGGACCAAGCCCAGAAACACCGCCACCACCUUAAGAACUACUCCACGUAUGAGCAAACCCAUAUCAGAAGUCGAAGACUCUGGCGAAGAAGAAGAGCCUUGGGUGAAAACGUCGACGUUUUCAAUGGAGAGGCUGCUUUCGAAUUCAGGGCUGGGAGAGAAGGUGGUGGAAGAAGAGAGCAUUGAGGACGGUGGCGGUUGUAGUGGAGGAAAGGGGAGCGAUGACGGCGGAGGAAACAUCUCUAACGGCGGAGGAGGAGAGUUCUUCGAGAGCGAAGCGUAUUACCGGGGAAUGAUAGAGAUGAACCCUGGGAAACUCCCUUUUCCUUGGCAACUACGCUAA